GCCACUACCGUCGCUCUUUGGAACCUCGAAAAACCCAAACCUUCGUCAACUACUUGCUCCUGGGAAUUCUUUUAGAAAACCGUCAACCUACUGCGACUUAUCGGCAUUGUCUCCGCUUACGGAAAAAUGACCAACGUAGGCGCCUCAAUGGACCACAACUGGCCCACAGAUGAGCGCCAGCGCUUGAGAGAAAUCUUUUCUGUUUCUACAGACCGCCAUCAGGAGAAGUGGGCCGAGCUUUGGGAUAAUGGCGAAUUCAUCCCAUGGGAUAAGGGGUGCCCUAGCCCGGCGUUAGUGGACUUGUUGGUACAGAGACAACAGCAUACUUCGUUCACCGCGCAGGAUUUAGUGGCCAGAGGAGAGAGAAGGAAAAGAGCGCUGGUCCCUGGAUGCGGGCGUGGUUACGAUGUUUUCCUCCUAGCGACUCACGGGUAUGACGCCUUUGGGGUCGAAAUAUCAAAAACCGCCGUGAAGGAGGCGCGAGAAUGGGCUUCGGACCAACUAGAAAUUGAAAAGGCUGCUUCAGGGCAAACCCUUGAGACUGACCGCUGGGGUAGAAUUCAGAUGGUUGAGGGUGACUUUUUCAAAGACGAUUGGAUCGAAGCAAUGGAGAUUGAUCUCCGUGGCGGAUUUGACUUGGUUUAUGAUUAUACCUUCUUGUGCGCACUUCAUCCGACUCUUCGACGCAGCUGGGCUGUGAGGAUGGCUGAGCUUCUUGCCCCGCAACGUGGAUUGUUAGUGUGCUUGGAGUUCCCACUUUACAAGCCGAUUGAGACUGGCGGGCCACCAUGGGGCCUUAAGAAUGAGGUUUAUGACGAACUUUUGGGGGGCCCGAUGGGCGCCUUCCAAAAGGUGCUCCACUACAAGCCUGAGAGAACGCACAAGAUAGGCGAGGGCACGGAUUGGAUCAGUGUCUGGCGCAGGAAAUGAGAAAUGAUGAGCCAAUGGUGCGACUGGAUUGUACUUUUGGAGUUAGUUGUAUGGGGAAGCGGGGAAGGUGGUGUUUUU